UUUCUCGUAACUCAGUCAAAGGAGUAACAUAAUUCUCAUCACUAUCAGAACUCGUACUACUAACAUCUAAUACAAUUUCUUUAUUUGGAUCAACUUUGAUAAAGUUACGACACUGAUAGAUGGCGCUAAACAAAAGAAUAAGGUCUAAGGCGAUUUCAUAAUAUUAUGUCUCGUCAAUAUUAUCACUUAUAGGAGAUAAUAACGUGGUAAACAACACCUAUUAGUCGCAUUUUAGAAUUGUGUUUGAAAAGAAUAAUUUAUCAAAGACUGUUUUGAAAAAUGAAUCGGAUUUUGUUCUUCUUAUUCUUUGUUAGUCUUAUAAAUAUUAAUGUGGCUUUGCGAACAUUUAUGAGAGGUCGAUACAGAAAUGGUAAUUUAGGUGAUCCAAUUUUAUCAAAGGAACAAAAAUUGCCAGAAGAACAAUGGUUUACACAAAUAUUAGAUCAUUUUAACCCAACCAAUGCACUUGUUUGGCAGCAGAGAUAUUUUGUAAAUGGAGAUUACUAUAAAAAAGGAGGUCCAGUAUUUUUAUUGAUUGGAGGUGAAGGUCCUGCUUCAGCUAAAUGGAUGGUGGAAGGUCAAUGGAUUGAAUAUGCCAAGGAAUUUGGAGCUCUUUGCUUUCAAGUGGAACAUCGUUACUAUGGAAAAAGUCAUCCUACUUCAGAUUUGAGUGUAAAAAAUUUGGUCUACCUUACAUCGCAACAGGCACUUGCAGACCUAGCUUACUUUGUCAAAAAUAUGACUGAUAAUUAUAUGUUAGUAAAUGAUACUAAAUGGAUUGCAUUUGGAGGAUCAUAUGCUGGGUCUUUAGCUGCAUGGUUACGUGUUAAAUAUCCUCAUUUAAUACAUGGAGCAGUUUCCACAAGUGGACCACUGUUAGCUAAAGUAGAUUUUCAGGAGUAUUACAUUGUUGUUGAGAAUGCAAUAAAAAAUUAUUCUCAGGCCUGUGGAAAUGCAAUAGUGGAAGCUAAUAAACAGUUUCAUAUAAUGUUACGUCAUCCCAUUGGCCAACAAGGACUAACAAAGAAAUUUUCUUUAUGUGAUCCUAUUGACUCUGGACAUACAACACGCAAAGAUAUUUCCAAUUUAUAUGAAACCUUAGCAAGCAAUUUCGCUGGUAUUGUACAGUAUAAUAAAGACAAUCGUAAUAACUCAGCAAUGGCUAACAUGACUAUUGAUAGUUCAUGUGAUAUUUUAACAAACGAAAGUUUGGGUAUUGCCAUUACUCGACUUGCAUUUUUAAGUAAUAAAAUAUUAAAUGCAACAAAGGAGAAGUGCUUGGAUUAUAUGUAUAAUAAAAUGGUUCACAAACUUCGAAAUGUUUCUUGGGUUAGCGAAGAGGCAGAAGGAGGACGUCAAUGGAUGUAUCAAACAUGCACAGAAUUUGGAUUUUUCCAAAGUUCUACAGCACAAUCAAAUUUAUUUAGUGAUAAUUUUCCUGUAGAUUUCUUUAUACAACAGUGCAUCGAUGUUUUUGGGCCCAGGUAUGACAUUUAUUUAUUAAAAUCAGCGGUAGAUCGAACAAACGUAUUAUAUGGAGCCUUAAAUUUGGAAGUUACGAAUGUAGUAUUUGUACAUGGAUCAGUGGAUCCGUGGCAUGUGUUGGGCAUUACAAAAUCAUUGAAUCCACAAGCACCUGCUAUUUACAUCAAUGGUACUGCUCAUUGUGCAAAUAUGUAUCCUCCAUCUAAGAAUGAUUUACCUGAAUUGAAGGAAGCCAGAGUUCAAAUUGGACAACUCAUUCGUCAGUGGCUUAAAUAAUAAAGAUAUUCUCAAUUUUUAAUGUGAUAUACAUAAGACUGUUUAAUGAUAUGUGAUUUUUUUCUUAACGUUUGAAGUAACAAAAUAUGAAAACAAUUAAGUUUAUUUUAAGAAUUUUCUUUCAAAAAGUUAUGUUUUUUUUAUGCAGCUUAAAUAUCCUUCUGAACAAUCGGGUUAUACAGAUAUUUUUCCAUCGAAUGUGUUUUGUGCAUUAUUGAGGCUAAAACUAACAUUAGAUAUAUACUAGCAUUAGUCAUUCUGUGCUACGUUAAAUGACAAGAAUGUAAGUGUAAAUACAUUAAACAAGUUUGCCCAUAAUGGCACUAUUACAAUUUUUUGUGAAUUAUAAAGACAUUAAAUACAUGUACAAACUUA